AUGAAUUUAUUCAGUCGGAUUUAGAAUAUCCUGUUCCUGAUUUAAUUUCGGCAUGUCAAACUAGUAAUAGUAACAUUUGUUGGAUAGAGAAUCAUCCCCAAAAUAUCCUGUUCGAGAAUAAUACAGCUUAUGUGAUGGAAAAUUUCCAUUUGGAUAUCGUAACGAAAGCACACACCCUAGGUCUUAGUAGUAUCUCACAUUAA